AUGGUUGUUGGAAUGAAUGUAGAACGAGAGUAUGAUGGCAAUUUUUACUGUCCGAGAGAAUGUGGACGAAAGUACAAAUACAAAAAAGGUUUAGUUCGUCACUUGAAGUACGAAUGUGGUAUUGAGCCACAAUUCAAGUGCCCUAUAUGUUAUAAAACUUAUAAACAACCAGAAACUUUUAAGUUGCAUUUGAUGACAAUACAUGGCAUUGAUAGAAGCGCGAGAGGUCCAAAAAUAAAUACAAAUUAAUAGAGGCUAAUAAUUGUUUAUUUGAAGGUUAAUAAUCAUAAAUAACAUACAAAUUUCUUAAAUAUGCCAAUGAGGUAUUGAAUUUAUUAUAUUAUUAUCAUUAUUAAUUCCCUUGAAUAUGUAUGUGGACAAAAUAUAGGACUUCCUAUAUACCUAUUAUAAAUUAAAACACAAAAAAAAAAGAUAUAAUUUAUGUAACUUGCAUGGCCUUUAAGAAACAUUUAAAGUUGUUUACAGUUAUUAUUAAUGUUGGCCAUACAAUUUUUUUGAUUUAAACAUAACAUAUCAACUGAUAGAUAUUUUAGUUUAAAUUGUUUUAUAGUUUUUUUAGUAGAUUAUAUUUCAUUAAUUUUUUUUGUUUAUAUAAUAUUAUGGAAUAUCCAGUAAUAAUAGAAUUAUACAAUUAUUAUUCAUUGUCAUAACUUUAAGGCCAAUUCCUUAUGUCUUGAAAUUAUGACUAAAAUUAAACAAAGUUUGUAUUGUUUAAUGUAGUAAAAUUCUUUUUUUUUUAACUUAUAUUUUAGUAAUCAUGUUAUGUAAUUAAAACUUUUUGUCAAAGGGCUAAGUCUGUAAAAUGAAAUAAAAUAAAAUAAAAUGUCUUCAUGUAUUGAUAGGAUUGUAGUAAAUAUUUCAAUCAGUUUUUAUUUUUUAAUUAUGUAUUAGAUAAGUGAAACAAAUAUUUUUGUUUAAAAUAAUUUAAUUUCAAUAAAAUAUUUACUACUUUUUAUUAUUAUAGAUGUAUCAUAAACGGUUGCUAAAAUAUAUUGUGUGUAAGGUUUAGACUUUCCUAUUUAGAUCUAUUCACUGCAAGCAUUACAUUUAUCAAUUUUUUUUCUAUCUCUGACAGCUUCACAUUACUGGUCUGUGUACCUAAUCUAACUUAGCAUUUUCAAAUUACUCGCACAAUUUUGUCCACUCAUCUUUCUGUAUUGAUCCUUUUUAUGAUCCCUUUUCUUUAGUGAUCUAUUUUGUGCCAUUCUGAGUUAUUGAUUUAUAUGUGCUUGCUAUUCUUGUCUCAUUUGCUUUUAAAAUCUUGUAACUAUAUUGGUCAUUUUCAUAUACUGAUUAAUGGAUUUUGUUUUGGCCAAAUAUGUCUUAAUACAUUUUUGCUGUAGCCCUAAUUUUAAAUGCAUAGAAUUAAACUUGGUAUACAUUUGUAUAUAUUAUACGGUUUAAAGUAAUAAUAAUUUUUAUAUAGAUUUAUUUAUUAUAAGAAUACUUAUUAUUUGGCGUUAUUGUAUUUCCGGAAUAUUAUUUAUUCUAUGAAUUGCACCCAAAUUUAACUUAUGUCAAUGAUUUUCAAAAUUAUUUAUAAGAUUAAGAUUUUUAAACUUUUGUUAUAGAAUAAUAAAGUAAUACGCUAAUUACGGAGCACAUUUUAUUGUAUUCUAAUUUAAAACAUGUAUUUCAUGUAUUGCAUUUACUUCUUAUUAAAAUGUUAAGUUAAUUUUAGUAUUUAAAUUAAUGAACUAUUAUGUUUGUAUUUUUAUGUAGGUUAACAUUUGUAUACUCAUAUAUAUCGGGACAUGCAUAUUGUUGUAUUUGUAUUUUGUAUUAUUAUUUCUGUGUUAAAAUAUAAUCUAAUGUAUACUAGGUUAUUACAUUAAGUCCAAAGUUCGAAACAAAUUUAUCUAAUUAAUUUUCUAUGAUUCUGUUAUUAUUGAAGUAUAUUUUUAGUGAUGUUGUAUUUUAAGUAUAACUAAUUUGUAUUUGUGGUAUAUAUCUAUGUGGCGAAUUAUAAAUUAGUAUCUUAAAAUCAGUAAUAUUGUAUGCAAUUAUUUCUUUUUAUUUAUUAUAAUAUUUUUGUUAUGUAGAACGCUAUAUUUUAUAGAAUACUAUCUACUUAUUUUACAUGUGACAAUAUAAAACAUACAGUUUUUAUUGAAUUAUAUUAUUUUAUUGGACUUUUAUGGCUGUAUUUAAUAUAAUAUAUUUUAAAGAUUAUAUCAAAUAAAUAAUUUUUUUUUUAAGUAUAUUUUCUUAUUUCCCAAGAGCACGCAUCACGAUAAAAUAAUUAAUACACUUUGGCGUGCAUAUAGAAAUGUAUAAAUAAAAGUGGUACAAAAUGUUGGUAAGUACAGAAAAUCCAUUUAACUUGAGGUGUAUACACAUUAAUAAAAUAUUAAACCUCUAAUAUUAUGAUGUUUACAUUUUUGACAUUUUUAAAAUAUUUCCUUCCCAUUGUUGUACCUAAUGAGUUAAAAAUAUUCAUGUUUACAUUAAAAUAAAAUUCUAAUGAAGAUUAAGUAUUUUUGUAAAUUUAGAUAUGUUAAUGUCAAAUAUUGUACCAUAUGUUUGUUAUGUACUUAGUGGAGUUCCUGGUAAAUAUUUUAAAGGUGUUCUACACAGACUUAAUUUAUGUAUUGGUAUAUUUAGUUAGAGUUAGGUACCUAUAGUAAAAUUGAUUACUGGUUUAACAAAAGUUAAUAAAAUUGGGGAAUGUCUAUGGUAAAGGGAGAUAACAAUUUAAUAUUUUAAGUAAUUAUUAAAAAUUGAUCUAAUUAAUAAUACAGAAUAUAGUCAAUAUACUAUUAUAAAACAUAUAUUAUAUAUCGAGUGAUUUUUUUAUUGUUAAACAUUCAUUAUCUCAUAAAUUAUUAACUUUUUUCGGAAUCCGUUUGAUAGAAAAUUUAAGAAACAAGUAGCUCUAUAGUUUUACAUUUACUUUAUUUUUUAUAACUCUAAUUUUUAGGGGUGAAACGACUAUCUACUUUUAAUUUUUAAAUAUCAACCUAUAGUAAAAAUCCCAUAAAUAUAUGGAGUAUUAGCUAAAAUAAAUUUUAGUAAAAUUUUUAAUUUCCGUUUUCUGUUGACGAGAUAUUCCACUUUUAAGUUUGGGUCGGGGGAGAGUAGUGGAGCACAUACAAAUGAUGCAGUGGUGUUUUAAUAAUGCACCACUAUUCUCCUUCAAUACAAAUUUAGUCGUUUCACUCUCAAAAAUAAAGGUGACAAAAAAAAAAAAAAAAAACGAUGUAAUAUUUUAAAACUUUUUUUUCUUAAGUUUUUAAAACAAAAAAAAAUUCAAAAAUAGUCAAUGCUUUUCGAAAUAAUAACUGUUUAAUGAUAAAAGUAUCACCCGGUAUAAAGAAAUUAUAGAAUUAUUAAUUUAAGCCAAAAAGUAUAACAACAUAAUAUAAUAAUAAUAAAGGAGAAUUAUUUUUGAUUUAUGUACUCGGGGAUGGCUUAGGCCAAAACUAGUAGUUUAUAAUUUCUAUAAUUUCUUAAUAAAAGUAAACAAUUUACCAUUAUUUUAUAAUAUAUAUUUUUCAUUGUAUAUUAAUUAUUAAUUGUGUUAUACUUUUAGAUCGAUAAUUACCAAAAAUUACUUCAAAUGCAAACGAAUGGUGUUCAAUAGUACCAGUACAGUAAAUACAGUAAAAAGUAAUAAUAUAAUUUGACUAUAUUAUUAUAGUUAGAAUGUGUUUUCAUCAACGUGUGAAAAUUGGCAGUGAUGAAAUAUUUAAGUUAAGAUAUUUUUAGAUUUUUGUUUAAUGGUUUAUAUCAAUAUUACAUUACAGUUUGAAUUUAAAUUUGAACGGUGAAUAUCACAGUAAAAAAUUUAAAUUAAUUUAAAAUAUAUCGGUUGUACAAAUUUUCAUAUUUAAAAUUGUUAUGAUUUUUAUUAUAUAUUUUCAACAUACCUUAUUAGUGAGUCUACAGAUAGAUAAAAAAAAAUGUUAACAUUUUAUUGAAUAUUGUGUAUGGUGCAUACAAUUUUGAAUGAGUUGAAGCAUACCCUUGUACACCAAAAAACUUAACAUUGUAUGUAUUUUUAAAUACAUUAUAUAGGUACCUAUUUAAUAAUAAUGUGUAAAUAAACUAAUAAUAAUAUGCUUAGUUCCAAAAUAAACGAUUCCAAAAACUAAACAACUGUAUAAUAAUUGCAGAGCUUUUUAAUUUAUUUUUUUGAUUGUUUUGUUUUGUUUUGUUUUUUUUUUUUUGUUGGGCGUUUACACGGGAGCUUAUCGUUGCUUUUCGCCGUCAGUGAAAAAAAAAAAAACAAACAAAAAAAAACUUCUUCUUAUUCAUAUCUAGUUGAGGAUAGUUGAUUAGACGUUGUUUUUUUUUCUUACGGCGACUAUAGGUGACGGUUCGUUCGAUGGCUACGAAGACAUACAUUGCCCAAACGGAUGCGGUCGUAAGUAUAAGCACAAAGGUAGCGUGGCUAGACACCUGAAGUACGAAUGCGGCGUGAAACCCAAGUUUCAAUGUGUUAUAUGCAACAAGCCUUUCAAGCAACGCAUCAACCACAAGAUACACAUGAUCAGAAUACACAAUUGCGUUUUGUACUCGUAGAAUGUAGAGAAAGUAGAAAAAAAAAAUCCAAAUUUAUAUGUAUUAGGGUAUAUAGUUAUUUUACUGGGUACCUAAUCUAUACUGUUAAACAUCAACUAUUAUAAUAUUUUUUUACAAAAAUAUUCGAAUUGUGCCACGGAAUUUUAAUAUAGGUAUGUUAUUAAAAAAAAAAAAAAAGUUAACUUAUAUUUAUUCAAUUUAAGUUUCGUUAUGUUGAAAUUGUUAUUAUAUUUGUCAAUAAUGUUAUUUAGUGUGUAUUUUAGAGAUGUUUAUAUUAUGUGUUUGCUAUUUUUUUUUUAAAACGAUUUAAAACAUUAUUCUGAGUAGAGAUUGUUUUUUGUUUUAUUUAGUUAAACGAAAUUCUUCGAGAAUAUCGAAUUAAUAUAGUAUAUAUAGGUAUUUCUUUUAAGGGACUUUUACACAAAAUUCGUUUUUUCUGUCUGCCUCACGACAUUUCACUUUAACAAUUGCGAUUCUCUGAUUAAGUUUAGGAUAUAGAAGCCUAUUAUAUACUUUAUAAAGAAGAAUAUUUACUAUGCCUUGACUGGAUUUUUUGUUUCUAAUACAUUCGUGCAAAAUGUCUGCUCUAAUUUAACUCAAUGUCUCUUAAUUUUAACUAUUAUAAACGUAUUAAGAAAUAAAAAUGUUAAAAAUGAAUCAUAAGGUCAAUGCAUAAAUACUGUUAAAUACUUUAUCUACUCUUUGUCCUAAUCUAAACUCUCUAGAGAGUUACAAUCGUUGAAGUAUGGAACACAUUUGUUGCUAUAUUACGCGUGAAAUACUACAGUGAAAACAAAUGAAAGUUAACUUAAACUUAAGAAAACAUCGAACCUGCUUUUGUUGUCUCUACCUUUCUAUCAGACUGUGUAGCAAAAAUGUAUUUUUGUAUUUCCAAUAUUAUUGCGACACGGUUGGUCGAAUUAAUUUGAUUUUUAGUGCCAAAAUAAACAUCCACAGUUUUACGAUAAAUAGUGUCGUGCUUAACAAAAUCGGUACCUAGUGCCAGAAAAAUUAACCAAUAAAUAAAUAAAAAAAAAAAAAACACUAAAAGUCCGUUGUACGUAUGUUCAUAGAUUUAUUGUAAAAUUAUUCAAUUACAGAACUUUAAUAAUGGUUUUAAAUACCGCUACUAUGGUCAUAGAAUCCUGUACUUCACCCCUCUAGGCACGGUCCUGACUUUAAAAAUUUCUAUAGAACAUUUUUUUUUCAAAUUAUCAAUAAAAGUAGUAGAUUACGGUUUUUUUUUUUAUAAAAAAAAAAGAAAAGUAUAAAAACCCCUGUAGAGAUUUAGUAGAAUUAAUCAUAUUCAUUUUGAUACCAAAAUCAAGUUUGUAUGACUAACGAGGUUUGAUAGUAGUUACUAAUUAUUGAUAUUACCUACUAAAACGCAUUUUUUGCUUAUUGGCCGCUAGAUAGGUGACAGAGAAGGCAAAAAUGCAGGUUUGACAUCAUCUUAAGACUAAAUGUUCUAUACCCAAUUAAAUUAUCUAUACUCAAACAUUGCAAGGGCUAGAUGAAAUUUUGUUGAAAAAUAUCUUGGUAUAUCGUUGUAAUCAUAAAUCUCUAUGGAAACAAUAACAUGUGGACGUCGUUUAAACUGUUUUCGUGUUGGCCUUAAUGAAACUAGAUGGAUCAUGGACAAAAAAAUAAAAGCACGGUAUUUUAUCUAUAACUAAUUAUAUAUAUUCAUGACAUAACUCAUUCAACAUAUAUAUAACAUUUAUUAUUUCGUAAGAUUUCCCACUAAUAGGCUAUCCACAAUUCGUAUCUCAUGAUAUCUGUCUACCUGUCGCGCACUCCAUAUGUUAAUGUCGUAAUGGCAUUUUUACUCUGCUCAGAAUCUAAAAUUGAUAUAUCACCUAUGUUUGUACAAUAUUUAUUUUAUACUAAUAAAAUACCGUAUUUGAUAUUGAUUUACUUGACAUUUUUUUUUCAAUGGUAGGUAAUAAAAUAUGGGUUAAAAAAUUGCAAACAAAAUAUAUAUUUAUAUUAUUAGGUACAUAAAAGUUAAUUUUAUUUAAAAUACUUUUCUUAAUACGAAAAUAAAAAAUAGGUUUUUAAAUUUCAACUGUUUUGUCUAAAUUCAAAAUAAUUAAUUUUUCUUUUACUCGUAUAAAAUAAUCUACUCGCGAAGUUACAUAACAUUUUAUGUAUUACACAAUGCAUUUAUAUAUUUUUUAUUUUCUUGUGCGUGAGCAUCAUAAUAUUUUAAUUCUGCAUUUCGCUUAUUAGAACCAUUUACCGAACUCGUAUAUAUUUUUUGGCUAAGGAGAGUGUUUAUGAAAGCAUAAAGCGGGUAAGAUAUUGCAUAGUGUGUUUAAAUAUAAUUGCAUUACAUUAACUAUAAUUUGUUUCGCUACAAAAAAAAAUAAAUCCUAUUAUUUCGAAUACAAUUGUUACUUAAGUUAUUGUUUAUCGUCCAUCUACAGUCUCUUUAUAUCCGCUUAUCCUAUAUACCUAUUUUUAUCUUAUAAAUUAGAGAUUAUUUAUCAUCAACCAAUGAAUUAUCUAUACUGCAAUGGUUCCCCUACUCCGUAAAUGCAUUAAAAACAAAAUCUAAUACAACUAUUGGUUUUCAAAUAACGAAUCGUCAUAUUUUUAAACUCUGAUUUGAAAAUAGAAUACUUAUACGGUUAAAAAUUAUGGUCGGAGUCCCGGAGUAGUAUAUUACUUUUACUAAUACGCUGAUACCUUUGCUGUAAAAAAAAAAUGAAUUCAUUAAUAGUUCACAAUGAAAUAAUAAGCGCACUGUUAUUAUACAAGGUAUAUAAUAUAAUGUUUAUUAUACGCAAAUUAUUUGAUUGUGAAUUGUAUUUUUUUUUUAACAUAUAACCUCGAUCUGUAAAAGGAAAACCUUUUUUGCUUUUACAUUUCGACAAGUUGACGGACGCAAAACAUUUUUGGUGUAAUAUUUGUAUUUGAAUGUAGAUGUGUAUUAAUUAAAAAAAAAAAAAAAAAAACAACAACAAAACUAAUAUCAAAAUAUAUUAAGCCUUUUUCUUUUUGUUUUUGGCGUAACUAUUACGAAAUAUUUAAUUUGUCACGUGCUUGAAAAGUAGUAGCUUAAUUAAUCAUUAUACCUAUUUAGUUAUUCGUCCUGCAAAUAUAUAGGUACCUAUAACCUUUAUGAGACAAAAUUGAGGUUAAUAAGAUAAUGUUCUUUUGUUUUUUAGAAGUCGUUGAAAUAGAAAUUGUAGAUCCCGUAUCACUGUACAAUGCUGUGGAUGAUUCCCUUACGUGUCCUCAAAGAUGUGGUAAAAGUUACAAAACAGUUUCUAGUCUGAAAAAACAUAUGAAAUACGAAUGUAAUCAACAACCGCAGUUCAAGUGUUUGUUUUGCGAUAAAUUGGCUAAACGACCGGAUAAUUUAAAAAAACACAUGCGAUUGGUGCAUGGAUACAACGAUUCGACUCGUAACAGCAUAGUAUCGUCAUGUAAAGUUGAGUUUGUUGAGUAUGUUCCUUAUCCGGACGACGUAGAAGAUCUUAACGAACAGAUGACGAUGGCGAAUCCGUAA